GUCUCCAGCGGCCAAGAAGAGAAAGCUCGUUCCCAACGGCCCGCAGGCGAAGAGGAAGCCGUCCUCCAGCAGCGAUGACAGCUCCAGCGAGGAGGAUGAGACGCCCCCCGCCAAGAAACCAGCAGCAGCUGUGCCCAAGGCAAAAGCAGUUCCUCCAGCCAAGAAGGCAGAGAGCAGCAGUGAGGACUCCAGUGAUGAUUCAGACUCGGAGGAGGAGAAGAAGCCAGCAAAGAAAGGCACAAAACCUGUGGUGAAGACAGUUGGAACCAAAACCCAACCUCAGAAGAAAGCAGAGAGUUCCAGCUCUGACUCAGGCAGCUCAGAUGAAGCAGCACCAAAGAAACAGCCGCCAAAACCAGCAACACCUAAAUCGGGAAGUAAAGCUCUCCAGGUGGCUACCAAGGUCGCCAAUGGAAAAGCAGCAAGCAGUAGCAGCAGUAGUGAAGAUUCUGAUGAGGAAAAGGCGGCACUGAAGAAGGCUGUUCCCAAGAAAUCACCUCUGCCAAAACCUGCAGCUAUUCAAGCACGUCCAGGGCAAAACAAACAUGCCAAAGAAAGUUCCAGCAGUGAGGACUCAUCUGAUGGCUCAGACGAUGAAAAACCACCUGCAAAACAAAAGCCGAAGUCUGGUCAGUACAGUGCUGUACCACCUCCUCAAGCUACACAGACAAAGAAGGGCCUUGCCAAAGCUCCUGCAAAAAAGGCUGAGAGCAGUGACUCUUCAGACAGUAGCGAUGAGGCAGAGCAGGUGCCCCCAAAGGGAGGAGCAGGCAAAGUAGUAGUAGCUAAAACAAUCCCUGGCCCCCAGAAGAAAGCUGCAACUAACAAGAAGGCUGAAUCCAGUUCUGACAGUGACUCAGAUUCUAGCUCCGAAGAUGACAAGAAGAAGGUAGGGAGUAAACUCCAAGCUAAACAACCUGUGAUGAAGAAUACUUCCAAACCAGCAAAAGUACCUGUCAAGCCUGGACAAGCAAAGAAGGACUCAAGUUCCUCCUCAGACAGCUCAGAUUCUGAUAGCUCUGAUAAGAGGGCCCCUGUGAAGCCCACAACUAAAGCAGCAGCCCCUGCCACAAAGAAGUCACAAGCUGCCACAAAGAAAGCACAAAGUAGCUCUGAUUCAGAUAGCAGCUCCAGCACCUCUGAGGAUGAGAAGACGAAAAGCACUCCAGCUAAACUAGUUGGCAAAGUGGGUAAGCCGGUGUCCAAACCUACCCCAGCUCCCAAAGCAGAUACUUCUGACUCUGGUAGCUCAAGCAGUGAAGAAGAAAAGAAGCCAGCAGUGAAACCAGCCACCAAAUCUGCAGGGGCAGCAAAAGCAACUGUGGGGAAGAAGACAGCUGCUCCUAGUAGUAGUAGCAGCUCAUCUGAUAGUUCUAGCGAAGAGGAUCAGAAGCCCAAAAAGGCAGGAAAAGGGGCACAGAACGGUUCUAAGACCCCUGCCUCCACAGAGAAAGCACAAGUAUCCACACGAGCAGCAAACAACCUCAAGUCUAAGCCAGCUGGUGGCAGCAGUAGCAGCAGUGAAAGCAGCUCUGAAGAAGAGACUGGAAAAGUCAAUGGAGGCACGAUCAGGAAGAAACAGAAGAGGGAAGAUGUUCAGGAGCCGGAGACACCACAUAGUAAAAAGGCAAAGAUCAAAGCCAAAACACCACACACAGUUCCUAAGGUGAAGCAGGUGACCUCUCCGUUCCGUCGUGUAAGGGAAGAAGAAAUUGAGGUCGAUGCCCGUGUUGCUGAUAACUCAUUUGAAGCAAAGAAAGGAGCAGCUGGUGACUGGGGUGAGAAGGCUAACAAUAUCCUGAAAUUCACUAAAGGCAAGUCUUUCCGCCAUGAGAAGACAAAGAAAAAACGAGGCAGCUACCGUGGGGGCACUAUAUCAACCCAAGUCAAUUCCGUCAAGUUUGAAAGUGACUGA